CCCCCAGAAGUGUGUGUAAGAAUGUGCAUGAGAGAUCGCAUGAGACGCGCAGCAACCGAUAAAUAAGACCUUGGACUCCCGAGCCACCCUCCUUGCGCAUUGCCCAUUGCUGUCCGUUUGGACUGUGAAUAUGACCGAAUCAAAGGGUCCAGUAAUAGCUGGUGUUGCUAUCAGCUUCGCUAUUCUGAGCUUUGUGGUCAUCUGUCUGCGCCUGUUUGCUCGGAUCUAUGUCUUGAAGCGAAUGGGUUUGGAUGACUAUCUGAUCAUUGGCGCUUGCCUUCUCUCAUGGGCAUUUACAUCUGUCACAAUAGUCGCCGUCAAAUAUGGCAUGGGAAAGCACUUGGAGGAUGUGAAUCCAGAUGGUCUGGUAACAUAUGCUUUCGUCGUCUGGCUGAGCUCGAUGUUUUACUUGGCCUGUCUGGGCUUUGUCAAGACCUCGGUCUGCUGGUUCUACACCCGACUAGGAGACAAGCAGCUCACGCGCCUGUCUCUCAUUAUGAUGUGCGUUGUAGGCUGCCAGGCAACCUCCUUUGUCCUGACUGCCGCUUUCCAGUGCCAUCCCAUUGCCCGGGCCUGGAACACUAGCAUCCCUGGUCGUUGCGUGACGAUCAAUGUUUUCUACCUCGCCAAUGCGGCGUUGAACAUCGUCACGGAUCUGAUCACCUACUCCCUCCCGAUCCGGGUUAUCUUAAACCUGCACAUGCCGGCAAAGCAGAAGCUGGCCCUCGGCGGCAUUCUCUGUCUGGGUCUAUUCGCCUGCGUCUCUUCUAUUAUCCGAAUCACCUACAUCCCCGCAAUGCUGACCUCAUCCGACUCCACCUUCGCCAUCAGCAAUGCCAUGUACUGGUCGGCAAUCGAGAUCAACGUCGGCAUUCUGGCCUCCUCCAUCCCCUCCUUCAAGGCCAUCGCUUCCCGGUUCCUCCCCCGUUUGAUUGGCGAGUACAGCUCGAACAAGGGCUACAGUGGAUGGUCAAGCGACAAUGGAGCGAAGCGGUACGCAUCGGGAUUUUCCCGGGUGCGCGAACAUGUGUUCGGCAUGAGCGUGCUGGAAACCCGAGGAGAGGCAGACACGGUGACGGGCACCCAGAUCGAAAGAAACACCAGCGAGGAGCGAAUUAUUGUUCCCGAGGGGAAGAUUUUCGCUCAUACGCAAAUCGAGACCAACGUUGAAGUCAGUCCGGAUUAUCUCCGGGCAGCGCAUUCCUUUGAUCACCCUCGUUCCGUAGCGACCGUGGGUUCUGCUUGAAGCCGCUCAAAUACCCUAUACUCGACGUCUGUUCUUUCCUUUCUUCCUUUCUAUAUAUAUCUUCCUGUAACACUAUAUUCCCUUCUCUUCUUUUUUGACACUUAUCCUCUUCCUUUUAUCAAAACGUUUUCUUUUCCAUCGACGAUACAUAUCCGACCUGCCUACAUUGA